AUGACUUUCUUAUGGGAUCUUGCUGUCCUCACGAAGAAAGAACGAGCCACUGUUGUAGAGUGCAAAGGCCACGAUGCUGCUUGGUUCUGCAGUAUUGAGCAUGCUCAUGGCUGCGAUAAGGAGAUCACAGGUAUGGUUGAACAAAAUGAUGGAAAGAAAAGAAUGACGGUUUUUUUAGAGUGCGAGAUACUGAAAGCUGAGAAUGCAGCUGCAGACUACAUCAGGCAGUUGUUCAUGCCAAAACUAGCUGGGAUGCAUGGUGGUGUUAAUACCGGAAAGAUGACAAUUUUUGGUUUGGACUUUGGAGCAGGACAUGAAACUGAGUUGAAAAUUUGACAUUGUAUGUUUUAAAUUGCAUGAUUUGAACAA